AUGGAGGAUACAUACAAAGACAGGACUUCACUAGUGAAAGGGGCCAAAGAUAUUGCUAAAGAGGUGAAGAGGCAAGCAGUGAAAAAAGUGAAUAAAGCAGUUGACAAAGCCCAGGAUGGCUACACGCAGAGGUCCUACAGUCGAUUCCAGGAUGAGGAAGAUGAUGAUGAUUAUUAUGGUCAAGGAGGAAAUUAUGGUGUAGAAGCUAAUGAUGAUGAAGGAUCAAGUGAAGCAACUGAAGGACAUGAUGAAGAUGAUGAAAUUUAUGAAGGAGAGUAUCAGGGAAUCCCCAGCAUGGGGCAGGGUAAGGAUGACAUGGUAGCCUUAGGUCAGUCUAUGUGUGAUGAAUACAAGGAUCGUCAUGAACUGGAAACAGAGAGGAAAGCUGAUGAAGAAGAGCUAGCACAGCAAUAUGAAUUGAUAAUACAAGAAUGUGGUCAUGGCCGUUUCCAGUGGGCCCUCUUCUUUGUGCUAGGAAUGGCCCUAAUGGCUGAUGGAGUUGAAGUGUUUGUGGUUGGAUUUGUGUUGCCCAGUGCUGAAACAGAUAUGUGUAUACCCAAUUCUGGAUCAGGAUGGCUUGGGAGUAUCGUGUACCUUGGGAUGAUGGUGGGGGCAUUCUUCUGGGGAGGCUUGGCAGACAAGGUGGGAAGGAGACAAUCACUCCUGAUAUGCAUGUCUGUCAAUGGAUUCUUUGCCUUCCUUUCAUCCUUUGUCCAGGGCUAUGGCUUCUUCCUCUUCUGUCGCUUGUUUUCUGGAUUUGGGAUUGGUGGAGCCAUGCCAACCGUCUUCUCCUAUUUUUCGGAAGUGCUUGCUCGGGAGAAACGAGGUGAACACCUGAGCUGGCUCUGUAUGUUUUGGAUGAUUGGCGGCAUCUACGCUUCUGCAAUGGCUUGGGCAAUAAUUCCUCAUUAUGGAUGGAGUUUCAGCAUGGGCUCUGCCUACCAGUUCCACAGCUGGCGAGUAUUUGUGAUUGUCUGUGCACUGCCUUGUGUCUCUUCUGUGGUUGCCCUCACCUUUAUGCCGGAAAGCCCACGAUUCCUGCUGGAGGUUGGAAAACAUGAUGAAGCUUGGAUGAUACUCAAACAAAUUCAUGACACAAACAUGCGUGCUCGUGGUCAGCCCGAGAAAGUCUUCACUGUUACCAGAAUCAAAACGCCUAAGCAGAUAGAUGAGCUCAUAGAAAUUGAGAGUGAUACUGGAACUUGGUACAGGAGGUGUUUUGUAAGAAUCCGCACAGAGCUGUAUGGUAUUUGGUUGACAUUUAUGAGAUGCUUCAACUACCCAGUGAAGGAUAAUACGAUCAAACUUACAGCUGUGUGGUUCACCCUGUCUUUUGGCUACUACGGCUUAUCUGUCUGGUUUCCUGAUGUCAUUAAACAUCUGCAGUCAGACGAGUAUGCAUCCCGAGUGAAACACUUCCGCAAUGAGGAGGUCUCACAUUUUGUCUUCAACUUCACACUGGAAAAUCAGAUUCACAGCAAUGGAGAAUACAUCAAUGACAGGUUUAUUAUGAUGAAGUUUAAAUCAGUAACCUUUGAAGAUUCACUUUUUAAGAACUGUGUUUUUGAAGACAUUACUUCACUGAAUACAUACUUCAGGAACUGUACUUUCGUGAAUACCACCUUCUACAACACAGAUUUCGAGCAGUAUAAAUUUGUUGACAGUGAAUUGAUAAAUUGCACAUUUUUUCACAUCAGGACAGGAUGCCAGAUUUCUUUUGAUGAUGACUACAGCGCCUACUGGAUCUACUUUGUUAAUUUCCUUGGAACUUUGGCAGUGUUACCAGGAAAUAUUGUAUCCGCUCUCCUGAUGGAUAGAAUAGGACGGUUAACAAUGCUAGGUGGUUCCAUGGUUCUUUCUGGCAUCAGCUGUUUUUUCCUGUGGUUUGGGACCAGUGAAUCCAUGAUGAUAGGUAUGUUGUGUCUCUACAAUGGCCUCACCAUCUCAGCAUGGAACUCUCUAGAUGUCAUUACUGUGGAACUGUAUCCUACAGACAGAAGGGCAACAGGCUUUGGCUUUCUGAAUGCACUGUGCAAAGCUGCAGCUGUACUUGGAAACCUAAUAUUCGGUUCCCUUGUUGGUAUCACCAAAGCAAUACCUAUUCUCCUUGCUUCUACUGUUCUAGUAUGUGGAGGUCUGGUAGGACUUCGGCUUCCUGAUACAAGAACCCAGGUGUUGAUGUAACUGGAAAAAACAUUCACUAUUUAUUUCCUUCUUUGUACAAAUGCCAUUCU